AUGCACGGACAUCAGAGGCUCUUCUCCCACUUGAUGCACGGACAUCAGAGGCUCUUCUCCCACUUGAUGCACGGACAUCAGAGGCUCUUCUCCCACUUGAUGCACGGACAUCAGAGGCUCUUCUCACCUCGGGUGGGAGCUUGUGGCGAUCGCCACGGUCUGUUGGAGGGACAAGGGGAGGUGGUAGUGGCGGAUUGGGGGGUUCUGCUGGCAGAUGAGGAGAAUGUGCUGGCAGAUGAGGAGAAUGUGCUGGCAGAUGAGGAGGAUGUGCUGGCAGAUGAGGAGGAUGUGCUGGCAGAUGAGGGAGCAAGCUUCGGGUGCUAUGCCGAGAGAGGACUAGAGAGGGCACGAGUGGGCAAGAAAGGGCAAGAGAGAGAGAGGGCACGAGAGGGCAUGAGAGGGCAAGAGAGGGAAAGAGAGGGCAAUAGAGGGCAAGAGAGGGCAAGAGAGGGCAAGAGAGGGCAAGAGGGGGCAAGGGAGGGCACGAGAGGGCAAGAGGGGGCAAGGGAGGGCACGAGAGGGCAAGAGCAGAGGCUGACCUUUGAUAGCGGCACAAGGGAUUGCAGAGAUGACCUCAAACCACCCUCACGCUUCCGUCAUGCUACCCAGCACUAG